AUGUCCGGCCCAUCAUCCAUACUAUCUCCCCUCCUCCUCGACACCCCCAACGCCGACAAGAUCAAAUCCGAGCACAACAUCAAACUCGUCGAUACCACUCGUCCUGCCGCUGCCGAAGAGCAAAUAGACCGAGAUGCUGAACGAAGAGACAGCACAUCCACCACCGCCAAUGACCAGCCGACACCCCUCAGCCCACUGUUCAAGCGCAUGACCAACAACUCUCUCAGCCUACAGACUUCCGUGCGCCAACAGAUUGCCAAGCAAAAGUAUGCGCGGUACGGGAAGGACAGGUAUACAGAUGAGACGGAUCCUUCUUCUGCCAAAGCCACGGGCGGCGAUGAUGAGACGACGAAUACUGGCGAAGAAGUGGAGGCAGCGCAGCCUGGGUAUGUUGGUCGUGGGAAAGCGAAAGCUAAGGGCCUCCUGAAACGAAGGAAGACUUUACGUCGAGGAGGCGAGCAAGAGGAUACGGUCAUAGACAUCCUCUACGAGAAUCAAAGAGGAUGGUUUUUGUUCGGCACUCCCCGAUACAGUGCUGCCACACUCUUACCGUCCGACCCACGACCAUGGCAAAACGCUCAGUUUCGCACCUCACCGGUCAGUAUCCUGAAUGCGCAACUUCCGGAUCCCAGCUGGGAGUGGGUAUGGAAGACCUGGUACGUAGACAUGUCGCGGGAUGUGGACGAGGAGGGUUGGGAGUACAGUCUGCUGUUCCGACAGGAAUUCAAUUGGCAUGGCAAUCACCCCUGGUUUCACAGUUUCGUGCGACGGAGAAGGUGGCUGAGAUUAAGAAGGCGGAAGAAUACGCUGCACUCAGCUACGGAGAAAAGUCAUGAGUUGACGCCGGAGUACUUUACAAUCCACCCCAAGACUUUGAAGUCGGGUAGUGAUGGGUACGGAAGUGGCGUACAGAGUCCCACUCGUACUCCUCGUCGAGGGAAAGAAGUAGAUGUGGAGAAGAUGGAGGUGACCGAUAUAGCGAGUCUGGCUCACGCUCUUCGCGUGGCUUCCGUCGAUCGGGAGAAGUUGACCGCAGUGCGGAAAUUCAUCUCAAACGGUGGCGAUGAGCUGUUCUACCUUUCCGAUCGAAUGGAAGAGAUCAUGGCGUUAUUCGUGUACCAGUCAUCGAGACGGCAAUUACUGGCGGAACUGAUCAGCUAUCACGACAGCGCACAUUCGACCCAAAACUCACUUUCUUCACACGACCAUAAGGGCGACGAUAAGAAGGUAGAACAGCACGGCGAAGCUAUCAAGCGGGCGGAGAAUUUACAUCGAGCUGUCCGAGCCGCGGACGAGCAGGUCAAGCGGUUGGAGUACUGGUCCGAUAUCAAGGAAAUGGCAAAACAGGAACAACUUCUUGACUCGAGCCAGUUCAAGGAUGCAGCAGCUGAAGGCCAUCCCGAGUCCAGCUUCCAGAAUAAGCAAGGGGCGCACGAGGGCGCACCUUCCUUGCAUCCACAUCCCGAACAUAGUGGUCGUGGCAAAGUACCGAAGAAAGAAGACAGCAAAUACUUCGACGCGCCCUCCACGCCCACCGCCUCAGGCCUCCUCUCCCCACCCAGCCUCCGAAAAAUCUCCGCCGGACGCAGUAACGAGAGUAGUAACGACAGCGAUAGUGUAGACCGCUACACCACAGCCGACGAAAGCGCACACGAAGACGAAGACCUGGAGAGAAGGAAAGUGAAAACUGUGCUGAGUCCGGCGCAGAAGGGGAAGGAGAAGGCGGAGAAAUUGAGUAGUCUUGAUGGACUGAUGGAUGAAGGGGCCGAGGAGGCGGAUGUAGAGGCCCGCGAAACGUAUUUGACUGAGAUUGGGUGUGAGAAGCCUGAUGUUCAUGAACAUGAGGGGUAUGUUAGGAAUGAGGUGGAUGAGGGAGCUAGUACUGCUGGAGCUGAGAAGGAGGAGGGUCGCGGUGGCGUGAACGAUGGAGCGGAUGAUGAGAGGGGAGGAGAGGAGGAGCUGGCAAAAGCCGUACCGCCACAGCCCAAGAACCAAGGCAUUGAGGUCGUCGCACCGAAACCUGCGCUCGAACCUGAAGCGGGAGCUGGUGCGGCCGAAGUAGGAGCAGAAGCAGGGGAUGCACAGCAGCAACAACAGCAGGGAAGACAGCGACGAGCAGCGCAUUUCAUUGGAGAUAUAGAUGAAGAUGAACAUGAUAUCAACGCCAGCCUAGACAGGAAUGGGAGUGGAAAUGAAAGUGGAGGAGAAGCGAAUGCGGACUUUCAGGGAGGUGUGCCCAGUAUCAAGACACGAGCGCGGACGAAAUCCUCAGACAGUGUGGCGGAGACGAAGAAGAGGAUGAAGAAGCUGAAUUGGAUCGAUAAUGCUUUUGGCUAA